AUUUUCGACAUAUAUAUUUAUCCAUAUACACAGUCUAACGCAUGCCCAGUUGUCUAAUAAUAAUCAAAAUAUGCUUUUCUUUGCCUUGACUUUUGACAUAGGCAUGCAUGGCCAUGUCAUGCUCUACCUGGCUACAAUAAAUCUGCUCUUUUUUUUAAGCAUGUGUUGCAAAUAUUUAAUACUCUAGAAUUGUACAUUUUGUUUUCCCUUGCAACUCAUUUGUUUAUGUGUGUCUGUGUAUGUAGGGAUUAGGGUAAAUUUCACAUGCAGAAGACAUUCAUUUCUUGACUUGGCCCAUCUGAAAACGUAUGCAGAGAGAACGAUAAAAGAAAGGAAAGGUAGACUAGACAGUAAUCUUUCUAUUUUUCCAAAUAAGGAUAAUACUACUGAUCACAUGUGCUGGUCACUAGAGGGCAGCAAUCGUCUCUGCUAAAAGAUUAGCACACUUCCUGUGAGUAUACAGCGCACAUCAACAGACCUGCCCAUGCAGCAUUCCUCCCUGCCUCCGUGUCAUGAAUUACGUUCUGCCCUGAACUGUUGAAUGAGGGUGGUCUUGGCCAUCUGUGAGCGACCAAAGCGACGCGUCGACUGGUAAUACAUAUCUCCUUCAUGUUCAUGUUGUAGGUUAGCUAUUUUGUGAAACACUCCGAGGUUGCCUGACGUGUCGGAGGAAUCGGAAAGUCAGUGGAGUGCUCCUUCAGUGGUCACUAGCAGGGCAAGGUGGAGGCAUCUGUAGCAACAGUGUACGUCACAUCAUCAGGCUGCUCAUAACCCUCCAAGAUGAGUGGCAGUGCCGGUAAGCGCAGCCGCCGGGGCCGGGCCGAGGCCCCCACAGACUCCGACGGAGGCUCCAGCAGUGACUCGGGCUCAGGGGCCCAGGCUGGGGUGUCCGUGCUGAACCGAAUGCUGGACCUGCCGGCCGGGCACCUCUCGCGUCCGCAGCUGAAGCGCUUGGAGGACCACCGGUACAGCAGCGCAGGCCGCUCCCUGUUGGAGCCCAGCAUGCAGCCGUACUGGGAGGGCCUGGUGGCGCGCGUGCCCACGUGGAUCGCACCCAACCUCAUCACCAUUGUGGGCCUUGCCACCAACAUCCUUACCACCCUGGUGCUGGUCUACUACUGCCCCACUGCCUCCGAGCAGGCUCCCACGUGGGUGUACUUUGCCUGUGCUGUGGGUCUCUUCAUUUACCAGUCUCUGGAUGCCAUCGACGGGAAGCAGGCGAGGCGCACUAACAGUAGCACGCCACUGGGGGAGCUGUUCGACCACGGCUGCGACUCGCUGUCCACCGUGUUUGUGGUGUUGGGCACGUGCAUUGCCGUGCAGCUGGGCACCCAUCCCGGCUGGAUGUUCUUCUGCUGUUUCGCGGGCAUGUUCAUGUUCUACUGCGCCCACUGGCAGACCUACGUCUCCGGCACGCUGCGCUUCGGCAUUAUUGAUGUGACUGAAGUUCAGAUCUUCAUAAUAGUCAUGUAUCUGCUGGGCGCCGUGGGAGGAACCGCUUUCUGGCAGUUUCCGCUUCCUGUAGUUCAGAUGCCCGUUAAGAUCAUCCCUGCCAUACUUACAGUCCUGGGGGCCAUCUUCUCCUGCACCAACUACUUCCGGGUUAUUUUUGGAGGGGGUGUGGGCAAGAAUGGCUCCACAAUCGCAGGAACCAGUGUGUUGUCUCCAGGCUUCCAUAUAGGAACAGUGAUCACUCUAGCGUCCCUCAUCUUCUUCAAGUCCUCUGGGCAGCUCUUUCAGACGCACCCCUGUCUGUUCAUCCUGGCCUUUGGCUUUGUGUCUGCCAAGAUCACCAACAAGCUAGUGGUGGCCCACAUGACCAAGAGUGAGAUGCGGUUGUAUGACCUGGCCUUCCUAGGCCCGGUGCUGCUGUGCCUCAACCAGUGUGUGAUGAGGGUGGUGGACCAGUACGCCAUGCUGUGGAUCACCAUCCUCCUGUCGGCUGUGGACCUGGUGCGGUACUGCGUCAGCGUCUGCAACCAGAUCGCCACUCACCUGAACAUCUGCGUCUUUCGCAUCACGACCACUCGCAGCGGCCAGAAGAACCACCACUAGCCUGCCGCUCGCGCUCGCGCUCCCGGCCCCCCCUCCUGGCCCUCGUCUUCCAAGGAAUGUAUGAGCAGCCAAUCAAAUUCCAAACUCAAGAGGCACACAAAACGUGUCCGAGGUAAAUCCUCCGUCACUCAACUCAACUCCGCCCACAAGCAGCAGGGAUUGGCUGCGACCCUUUUUUUGACUCCAAAUCUCGUAGACGGUUAUAAGAUCAUGGGAACACAUUUUAGCAGUGUCCAGACUGGGCCAUGUCUGUAGUGGCACUGUGGCCGUUACGGCUGCGAUGCCGACUGUAGCUUCAUAGUUGUUAUGAACGCCAACAUCCUUAACUCCUUAAGUCCCUGCAGUUGUCUCGACUACCAGCCCACCCCCCCCAACUAACUAUGUUUAAUUUAUGCUAAACGGAAGUGUCAGCCACCAUUCUAAGCGUAUUAUUGUAGUUCUCUUUGACAGUCACUCUUCUAAGUGUAGCCAUGAUGGCUUCUCCACCAUGUUGUGUGCUCUCCUGCUGAUGGCCAUGCUGCUGGUGCUUAGUCAGCUGUAGCUACAGGAUUUCCCCCUCUAGUCACAGUGAGGAGCGAUUCACCCUGUGGCCUGCAGAGGGAGACAAAAACAGCCAGUUUAAUUUGGUGAUGAAGCGAGAGCAGCCGAGAUCAUCCACCACACACCACCAAUGUUUUUUUUUAAGCAGUGUUUCGUUGUUACAUGUGCUGCUAUUUGAAUACCAGACAAAAGGAGCCCAUGGACUGAAAUGAAUGUGUUUGGUUGAUCUCUGUGUCUGCUGUGGUCAGGGAAUUAUGAGGGACAGGCUUCUGUGGAGCUGAGAAGAACGCCAAGCAAAAGGACAUUUAAAGAUUCAGCCACUGUGAAGUCCAGUUUAAUUUCACCAUAAGAAUGUCUUACCUACUUAAAAGAUCCAUGUAUUGUAAUUGUUUUUUAUUUUCACUAAUAGUAUCUACGUAAAAAGGUAAAAUCCCAUGGUAUUGGUGUAGGGGUGUAUGUUUAUAGGAUUUUAUACGGUGUGUUGGAUAAGGGAAAGUGUUCUUGAAGCUGCUGUCUAUUAACUCCUCCAUAUUGAGUGACCAAUGCUCACAUUACCCGUGGUCAUUCCAAGGCACACUUAACACACUGAGCUACACACACUCACACUAUUCCUUUACUCACACAAAAUACCCGUAACCCCAAGCCCAACACCACCGCACCACACACACACACACACACACACACACCCCACACACACACACAGACACACUCCUUUUUGCAUUCCGCUGCACACACACACACACACACACACCCCACACACACACAGACACACUCCUUUUUGCAUUCCGCUGCACACACACUUCACUUCUCAUCAUUCCUUUUCUCACAUUAUUAGUUUUACGAAUACACACACACACACACACACUCAAAUGCACAUACACUGCACAUUUUACAUUCCACCCUGUUACAUGUUGGACGUAAAUAUAAACAUAAACAAUCGCACAGAGACUUGCCAGCUUAUUGUGUCCUCAUGGGGCACUGGGCAUGAACUAAUGAACUAAUUCCCUUCUGUUAGGGAUUACACGUGCUGUUGUUUAGAUCACCAAAAAAAAACCAAGAAGAGGGAAGAGUUGUUUACUCACUCAUGAUUAGUUGGUGGCUUUUAAUUGAGUUGCGUUGUUCUGUUGUGCCUUUGAGCCGUAGCUCUGUAACCCAUAGCUCUCCUGUACGGCGGUGCGCCUGUGUUCUGUUCAAGCUGCACGCUCAGAGUCUCAUGAUGAGUCUUCCUGGAGAAUUUGUAUGCAGGUUUGGCUUGUUAGAUCAUGCGUGAGUGAGUUUGUUGACACACACACAACACACACACACUCACACACACUCACACACACACACACACACACACACACACACACACACACACACACACACACACACACACACACAUCUACUCUAAAGGCAUAGGUAUACACGCUCCCUAGAGGUAUUGCUCCUCUACAUGCAAACACGCUUCCUCUACCUCUAACAUUUCUCACCUGUAUCUGUUGCAAUUGCUUUUGUGUUUCCCCUUUUCAUUUUUCGUUGAGGCUUCUUUUUUUAAUACUGUAAAACAUUUGGAUGCGCUUGGUUCCUCACAGGCGUUUCUAUAUAAUGUCAAGGAUUCACACUCCUCCCAAAUAGUCCUCAUGUUGAAUGUGAACGCUUCUGUUACUCCUCACCGCACACACACACACACACACACCUCACCUCUCUUCACCUCACACUCCAGAGGACCCCCACCUCAGUAUCCUACUUCAACCUUUUUUGUAAGCGGUUCUUGUGUGUGUGUUCUUGUGGGACUUGUCAAGAUGUCCCACAGGGCUUUGUUACAGCUGUGGGAAUGCUUCCCCUUAAUUAAGUCACAUGUCUGAAGUUCUCCAAGACCGAGAGUGUCUUUGGUCGGACCGCAUGGCUGUGUUGUUUUACCUCAGUUAACCCACCCACCCACCCAGAGUCUUCGUUACAGAUCCAAAUGUUGUGUAGGAUUCAAUGACCAGUUACAAAUGUAUUCUAGCCAGUAGUCACUGUUGUUUUUUUUCUUUCUUUCUUUUUCGACCUACCCUAGCAGCACUCGGUGUGAUAUUAAAGGGAAGUGAGUUUUGGGUUAUUUUCUGUAAGGCUUAUUUGGUGUUGUCUAACACAGGGGAAAGUUCUUGGCUCUUGAUCUUAAAGGGAUUUUGUCUAGUGUUGUGGAAAUACGACCUGUGGGAGGUCAGAUGCUCAAACAAAUUAGGGUUAAAUCGCUUAGCAAACACACGCACAUACACACACACACACACAAUAGUAUUUUUACCACCCUUUACUGACUGACCACAUUCUCUGUCUCUGAUUGCGCUUGUAUCUGAUUUCUAAAAGGUUAAUUUAGAUAGGAAAGUGUUUUUAAUGUUGCGUUAUUGUUGAGUUUCUGUGAAAAUAUCUUUUUAAAAUGAAAUGCCAAUGUGAAAUAAACUUUGCUAUAUUUAUGCUAACAGAC